AGAGUAAGGGCAUCGAUCGUACGAAUGAUAAAAUAUAAGUAAAAUGUUUCAAAUAGGGAAAAAAGUGAAUUGUAAGUUAAAACGAUGCGCUUGAUGAUGUGGCCAUCAUCAUUCAUCAAGAAUCAUUAGGUGCAGGUUUGCGCCGUGGGGAAAGCGGCUGCUUAGGUUUGCCAGCCUGGCGGCAGCCCAGUCGAGUAGCACCUGUGAAAUCUCCUUAGCUCUUUGGGAGAGAGUGCCGUGAAGUGAAGUAUGCGUGCAGGUGAAGUGUAAUGGCCUUGUCGGAGAUUCGCGUAGGCAACGUUCUCGGCACAAACAAAAUCGACUUUAAACAGGGCUCUGGAUAUAAUGCACUUCAGAAAACAUCUGGAAUGGAAACGGAUACCUACUCCCCUUGGUCGUACGAACUCACUCCCUCGGACUUUUUACAGAACGGUAGAACCAUUGACGACAGCUCAUUAUUGGGAAACCCAAUAGUUAAUGAAAUAGUUACAAAACUUCUUGAUGAAGACUGCCCUGUGAUAAAUGAAAGAAAAGAGAAAUUUGAUAAUGUCAAUACUAUAUACAACGGCGAAGGUGAGGUGUGGUCAGGGAAGAGCAGCACAAGGACCCAGAGCCCUUAUAUAAAUAACAUAUCAACACAGGAUGUUGAAUAUGGACUUGGCCUAUUGAAUAUUGAUACCCAGUGCACUACUCCAGUGCAAGGAGUUUCAGCAAAUUCUACCACUCUUUCUCAAAAUUUUCCUGUAAAAGAAUCCCCGUUUUAUCUGAAUUCUUUUCCUUUCCUUCAACCCACAAUGGCUCCUCUAUCGGAUUUGGGCCCAGGUGCCGUAUGCGGAAACCUUGAUACAGAGCUGCCCAACGAGCAGCAGAUGUACAACUAUGUGCAGAUGCUCAACAAGGACAAGCUCAAUUUAAGCCUGGAAGGGCUGCUGCACUCAGCUCACCCAGAUCCAAUCGACAUUGGAACUGGUUUCAAUGGAGACAUGCUGUUUUCCAGCAAGGGCGUCAAUGGAGCCAUCCCCCCUCAUCCGCAACCGACACAGAUUGACAUUUUCCCAAGUUCUUCAAAUCAGCGUUAUUCUCCAAUUGGUUUCCCUCGUAAUCUCUCACAACGCAAUCAUAACCAUUACAAAAAUAAUCAGAACAUGAAUAGUCGGCGAGAUGUCGGAUUGAUAUACAACAAUAACAAUCCAUUUGUGGCCAAUAACAACAUGCCAGCUGGCACAAAUGAUAAAAAUGUUCCUCCUCAUUUGGAUCCUGUCCUUUACCUGCGAGCAGCGGCAAUGGGACACCAUCUUCCACCUCCUCCAGGUCCUCAUGAUCUCUUGCACUGUUACGAAGCCUUUGCCCCAGGGCUGUAUCGGUCAUUCAGACGAAGCAGCGGUUCAGCCGAUCUCCACAGUGUGCUCGAACAGUGCUACGUCCAGUUCAAAGAGCUUGAGAGUGAGAGAAAGAAGACAGAGGCAGAUCUGGCCCGAUACAAUCCAGGGAAGAAAGUUUCUUCAACAAAUACCAUCCAUGUCCCGAGGCUCCCUGGCUCGCCCUCUCGUGUUGACCGCUUAAUUGUGGACCAGUUGCGAGAGCAUGCCAGGAUCGUGACACUUCUUUCUAAAAUGGAGACUCUUAGAGGAGGACGUGAGUUGUCCCCAGACAUCCACAAUUCCAUGGCCUCUUGGUUCGAUACCAUAAAACAGGUACAGACAUCAAGACGGGAAGAGAUUUUAAACUGUGCUGGAGGUCCCAACCACGAUAACGAUAUUGCACGACUGACAACAGCAAUAAAAGCUUUAACAGUAGCUACAAGGACUGCUCGGACACAGAUGUAUGCAGCCCUGAUCGUAACACUCCAUGAAAAUAACUAGUCGCCGACUAAGCUACUAAUGUUUUAAUUAGUUUGUAUGGUUUAUCUCUAAGCUUCCUUUAAGCUUUAUCUUCUUCAGUCUGUUGUUACAACACAGAUAGGUAUUUCCUCUUCUGGACCCUUCUCUAAUAUAACACUGUCCUUACACAAAUUUAAUUUACAUUUAAACAAAAAACAACAGAAAUUAUAAGAAGACGGAAAUCUAAAAAUUUCUAGUUUUCUAAAUGAAAUAACUAAAUUGCCUCUUGUGUAUUAGACUGACUAGCUCUUAAAUCAAAUGAGAUUUAUAGGGGUUCUGAAUGAAUUUGGGAAAUUUUUAUUGGACUAAGAGAACAAGGCCCAAAUCUCAUAACUGAUAAUACAAGGUGGCCUAAUAUAAAUGUUUUAUUACCAUGAAAUAUAUUCUAAAUUAA